AAUUCGUUCGAUCAGCUUGAAAUCAUUGCGCUGUUGAUGCCUCAGUGUCGCACAUUGCGGCGUGUUUGGUUUUUCAAAUGAUAAUUUCCGUUCCGUGUUGGUUUUUCUUCCUCUUGUUUUCUGAAUGCGCGCGUGUGUAUGUUUUGGGGCAGAUUCUAUGGGGAAGGUAUUAUUGAUUCUGCUUCUAUGGCAAAUUCAAAGGGUUCAUCGGGUGUGAGAAAUUUUAUGUAUUCUGGAAAGCAUGCUCUGCUUCCUCCUAAAAGCCCAUUUCCUAGUGUUUCCCAAGCGUACAGUGAUUAUGUCCCAAAUUCUGCUGUUGGUUUAAAGGCUGGUAACAGACCUAGAGAGGGAAACUCACACCACCAACGUACUUCAUCUGAGAGCCUUGUUAUAGAGGAGCAGCCUUCAUGGCUUGAUGAUCUCCUUAAUGAGCCAGAGACACCUAUCCGAAGAGGUGGCCAUAGGCGUUCAUCAAGUGAUUCUUUUGCAUACAUAGAUGCGGUUAAUGCAUCUAACAUCAAUUAUGCCGAUCAGGAUGAGUAUAAAUACAAAAAUUUGAUGUCUAUUCCAUCUUGGACAUCUCAAGACUUUGACCACAGCAAAGAUGCUCGUCAUAUACCUGUUUAUCCAGAAAUGAACUUAGCAAAACUGAAAAAUAGGUCAUGGGACUCCUUUUCAAAUGUCAUGACAAAUCCAGUUGGUGUUCCCUCUGGAAAAGACACUGCUGCUUUUCAGGGUUCAGGAUUGCCAUGUACACCACAUGAAGCAGAUGGGGUUCCACAAACUGCAAUUGAAAAGCAUGAUUCAGUAGAAUCUGGUUUACAAGAUGCAAAAUCAUUUUCUGAAAAAAAGGACAGCUCACAUGGAAAGCCAUCUGCCUCUGAAACUGAUACAAAACGUGCUAAACAGCAAUUUGCUCAACGUUCGCGAGUCCGGAAACUUCAAUACAUAGCUGAGCUGGAAAGAAAUGUACAAGCUUUACAAGCAGAAGGUUCGGAAGUCUCAGCUGAGCUUGAGUUUCUUAACCAGCAGAAUCUUAUCCUGAAUAUGGAAAAUAAAGCACUCAAGCAACGUUUAGAAAGUAUAGCACAAGAGCAGCUUAUCAAAUAUUUGGAGCAGGAAGUACUGGAAAGAGAGAUUGGAAGAUUACGUUCAUUGUAUCAGCAGCAACAACAGCAGCAGCAACACCCGCAACAGCAACCAUCUGGUAGUCAUAGACGCUCAAACAGCAGAGACCUCGAAUCUCAGUUUGCAAUCCUUUCUCUAAAACACAAGGACACCGAUUCAGGGCAAGACCCUGCUCUCAGAAUUUAGAUUUGCAGUAGCUGUAGCCUUCAUUCAACUGGUGUAGCCACACCCAUCAUAGUAGAAUUGUUUCCUUCCCUUCCCAUGCAUGGGAUUGUGCAGAGAUUUCCAACAUAUAUGCCCUCUCUCUGCCAGCUUUGCUGAUUUCAGCCUUCUCUUAGUCUCUUCCCGUUUUCUAUUUACUUAUAUUAUUACCAUUUAAUGUGCACCUGGUGGUCAUUGCCGAAAUCUUAUUCCAUUUCAGUUGACCUACCAGAGGUGGUAACUCCAACAUUUUCAGGCUUUCCCCCCCCCCCCCCACUGUAUUUUCAGUGAAUAUGUAGCUGUAUACCCUUGUGAAUCUCCACUAUUGUGGAAUUUGGCCCAGUGCAAAUAGAAAAUAUCUCAGGGCCAUUUGAAUGUGCCUUAUUUGUAUGGAUAAUGUUAAGCUAAUGUUUGUAAUGUGAUUUUAAUGAAGUUCAUGUUUUCUCAACA